AACAGCGACCUUGUUUGAGAUCAAGCCACAAACAUUCACGCAGUUUAUAUUAAUAGCCUGUACACUGUUAACGCGUCAUUCAUUUCUAAUUCAUAACUGCUCACUCACGUUUCUUUCCUACUUACUAGUAAAACAAAAAUUUCCAUCUUUGUAACCAGUGUUCUUUUCUUGUCUCCUCUAUUGUUCUGGUUGUUUCUUUCUAUCUUUUAGUCUCGUUGUUUUUAUUUUUGACAGUCGACGGGAUCAAAAACAUUUUACGUUCAACAUCAAUCGUCGGACGAAAUCAAACUGCCAAGAAAAUGCUGAAAAAUAAAGGUUACACAAGUUGCAGUGGACCUGGCUAUAAAUCACCAAAAGCAGCGAUACUCGAGGGUCCACGUGAGAAACUCAUGUAUGUCGUCUCUAUUCAUACGAAUGAAAAUAAAUCCGACGUCCUGUGUACUGUCGACGUAGAUCCGGAUAGUACCGACUAUUGUAAGAUCAUUCACAAAUUGCGAAUGCCCCAUAUCGGCGACGAAUUGCACCAUUCUGGUUGGAAUAUCUGUAGUAGUUGCCACAAUGUACCACGAAAACGAGACACUCUGGUGCUUCCUUGUCUCAUGUCUGAUCGUGUCUACUUCAUCGAUACAUCCAACGAACGGGCUCCAUCAAUCAAAAAGGUACUGAGCCCAGCAGAUGUACAUCGACACGGGGUAUCGACGUUGCACACAAGUCAUUGCGCGCCAACCGGAGAAAUUUUAAUUUCUUCCAUGGGUAAACCAAACGGAGACGCCCUUGGUGAAUUUCUUCGUGUCGAUUCCGAGACGCUCGAAGCGAAAGGCACAUGGACCGUAGGAGAAAGGAAAGCAGCGUUUGGAUACGAUUUUUGGUAUCAACCAUAUCACGAUACGCUUGUCGCGACCGAAUGGAGUGUACCUAGGAUUUUUAAACGAGGCUACACUGCCACUGACAGCACCGAUCCUGUGCUUUAUGGCAGGAGCCUGAAUUUUUAUUCGUGGAACGAAAGAAAAUUGAAGCAAGUUGUGAACCUGGGCGACGACGGGAUCGCGCCACUCGAAGUGCGAUUUCUUCAUGAUCCAAAGGCCAGCGUCGGAUUCGUUGGAUGCGCGGUUACUUCAAAUGUGUAUAAAUUUUACAAAACGUCGAACGGCGAUUGGGCUGUAAAGAAAGUGAUUCAAGUUCCUCCGAAGGAAGUGGAAGGGUGGAUCGCCCCACAGAUGGCAGGAAUGAUAACGGACAUAUUGAUCAGCCUCGACGACAAGUAUCUCUAUCUAUCAAACUGGCUUCAUGGUGAUAUUAGACAAUAUGAUAUUUCCGACACGGAUAAUCCAAAGUUAAUCGGUCAAGUAUUUCUCGGUGGCUCGAUUUUAAGUGACUCGAACGUUCGUGUAACUCGAGAUGAGGAACUGAGCAGCCAACCGGAUCCAGUUCAUGUCAAAGGCCGAAGACUUCAUGGAUCUCCGCAGAUGCUUCAAUUGAGUCUCGAUGGAAAACGUUUAUACGUGACCACUUCCAUCUUUAAACCGUGGGAUCAACAGUUCUAUCCCGAACAUGUCAAAAAUGGUUCAACCAUGGUCAAGUUAGACAUUGAUGUUCAAAAUGGGGGCAUGAAACUUGACCAACAAUUCUUGGUGGAUUUCGGCGCAGACAAAAAUGACAUUUUACUUGCGCAUGAAAUGCGUUAUCCGGGAGGUGACUGUACAUCGGACAUAUGGCUGGCGGAAGACUAAUCUACUCGCUGAUCAAUAAUAUAUUUCUUCUUAUUGAAAUAAAAAAUGAUAUAUUUUAA